AGAUAAUGAUUACACAGUUGGUAAUUGUAGGUUAAAAUCCUAUAUUAAAAACGCCUCGAAAAGGCAGCAACAAUUUUCUCUCCUGACAAAGCCGCCAAAGAAAAUAAAACAAAAUGUCUAUGUGUUGUGCACUUUCAAAUGAGGUUCCAGAGCAUCCUGUCAUUUCACCUGUAUCGGGAGCAAUAUUUGAAAAACGUCUAAUUGAAAAAUAUCUCGCCGAUAAUGGUAUUGAUCCAAUUUCACGUAAAGAACUAACAGUCGAUCAACUUAUUGAAGUGAAAACAACGCCAAUUGUAAGACCUAAACUGGCAAGUGCCACAUCAAUUCCGGCUAUUUUAAAAAUUCUUCAAGACGAAUGGGACGCAGUUAUGCUUCAAUCAUUUACACUUAGACAACUAUUACAAACGGCACGUCAAGAACUUUCGCAUGCACUUUAUCAACACGAUGCCGCAUGUCGUGUUAUUGCAAGAUUAACAAAAGAAGUAACAGCAGCACGAGAAGCUUUAGCCACAUUGAAACCACAAGCUGGAAUUACACAACCAACAGCUAUACCACAACCUGCUGUGGCAGCAGAAGCUGGUGGUGCAGCUACACAACCAACAGAACAAGCUGGAAUUACAGAGGAAGUUAUACAAAAAUUACAAGACAGAGCCACCGUUCUCACUCAAGAACGAAAAAGACGUGGUCGAUCUGUUCCUGAAGAUCUUCUUCCAGCUGAUAGUAUUCGCAAUUUUCAACUAUUGGCCAAUCAUCCUGGUCUUCAUUCGGCAAGUACACCUGGUAUUCUUGCUCUCGAUAUACAUAGUGCGGAUACAAGUAAAAUAUUAACUGGUGGAGUUGAUAAAAAUGCAACAGUAUUUAAUAAAGACACCGAACAAGUGAUAGCUAUUCUUAAAGGACAUACAAAGAGGGUAACAAGAGUUAUUUAUCAUCCUGAGGAGGAUGUGGUAAUGACAGCAUCGCCAGAUUCGACUAUUCGCGUUUGGAAUGUUGCAACAAGUCAAUCAACACUUUUAUUAAGACAUCACGAUGCUCCAGUUACUGGAUUAUCACUACAUCCAACUGGCGAUUAUUUACUUAGUUCAUCGUUGGAUCAUUAUUGGGCAUUCUCUGAUAUUCGAACUGGACGAUUAUUGACAAAAGUUGCAGGACAAGCAAAUCAGCCAUUAACAACUGCACAAUUUCAUCCUGAUGGUUUAAUUUUUGGAACUGGUACAGCUGAUUCGCAAGUGAAAAUUUGGGAUCUCAAAGAACAAUCGAACGUUGCAAAUUUCCCCGGUCAUAAUGGGGCGAUAUCUGCAAUUAGCUUUUCGGAAAAUGGUUAUUAUUUGGCAACAGCUGCUGAAGAUUCUUGCGUGAAACUUUGGGAUUUGAGAAAAUUAAAGAAUUUCAAAUCAUUACAACUUGAUGAGUCUUAUGAAGUUAAAGAUAUUUGUUUUGAUCAAAGUGGAACAUAUCUCGCUGUCGCUGGAUCUGAUGUUAGAAUCUAUUUAUGUAAACAAUGGCAAGAACUUAAAGUGUUUAACGAUCACACGGCAACUGCAACUGGCGUUCGUUUUGGAAAACACGCUCAAUAUAUUGCUUCAACUAGUAUGGAUCGUACGCUUAAACUUUAUGGAAUACAAUAAAAUAAUAUUAUUAUUAUUAUUAUUAUUAUUAUUAAUAAUAUGGAUUUUACAAUUAAUGCAACAUUCAUUUUGUGUAUGUAAUUUUUUUUUAUACAUCAAUUUAAAUAUAUUAUAUAUAUAAUCAUUUGUCAUUUAUAAAUAAAUUAUAAAUAAUUUAAAAUUA